ACAGCUCACCAAAAGAUUCAACUUCAAUGGACCGUUCCGGCUUUGGCUAUAAGCCCCGCCCACCUUAGCAACGGCAUGGCAACGCCAUUAGCUCGGUCAAGUUCAGGUCAAAGUUAAGUAAACAUACACACGAUACGCAUGUACGUCCGUACACACAUCAACAAUGACGACGACGAGAGUGGAUAUUUUGCCAAAGGCGGUAGAUUUAAAUUCUUUUGGAAAGGAACAAAUUAGUAAACGGAGUAGAGUGAGGGGCUACAAUUUCUUUAAGAAUGGAUAUGUCCAUAAAAUUGCGCUGGAGCUAUUGAAGGAGGGUGAGGUGGCAGUUCAAGGGAAAUGCUUCAGAAGCAUGCGGAAAAGCGAUACACCGCAUUCCUUGAACGUGUGCUUUGGACGAGAUCAGGGUCUCAUAGCAGAAAGUAGAUGCAGCUGUGUAGCUGGGUUGUCAGGUACUUGUGCCCACAUCAUAGCACUGAUUUACACCCUGAGGCACUACCAGGACCUGGGGCUGAAGGAAAUUCCGGGGCAAUUGUCAUGUACAAGCCUGCCACAGCAAUGGCACAAACCCUGUGGGUGUAAAAUUCGACCCCAAUCUGUGGCAGGCUUGGUCAUGGCAAAGCCAAAGAAAACAAGAAAGAGGCAGCCUGUUGCAGCAAAAGUGACUAAGCAAAGUGUGUUGCUGCCUACUUGUGGUGAAAUCAAGCAACUGAAGGCCCUAGCAAACACACCACUAAACUACCUCCUUCACGAGGAUGCUGAACUGUCUGAUACGCCCCUAGGACAAGUUCAGAGGAGAUCAAGUCUGAAUUAUCAGGUAUUCUUUUGAAAAACAACGUAAGGGUCACAUGACCUUGAAAUUGCAGCUGACACACUUUCAGACCAGUAUAAUGCAAC